GAUCACCCAAGAAUGGUGCUAAUCAGCACUUGUGUGUGUGUGUGUGUGUGUGUUUGUUAGACUUUGAAGCAUUCUCAUUCUUCAGUUCAAUGCACAUAUUGUGACAUAAUCUAUCUGUUCUAGUUUCUCGUGUUGUCUAGUAUGGGCCGUACCCGACCCUUCUUUUUUUUUUUGCCCCUAUCCCCCGUGCUAUUGUUUAAUGUUUGUUUGGUUCGGAAGAACAACUCGCCGCUCGCUCGAUUACCCCGUCCGGUUCUCUGUUCCUGGGAGUCGGACGCAGCUGGAUCUCCCGUGGGGAUCCUGGCCGAGUUCCUGUAUCUUAUGCUCAGACCCUUUUCCCGGACCCGUUGUCUCAUAGAUGGCUUUCCUGAUACGCUCCUCAUGCAUGUAAAUAAAGACUACUUGACGUGUCCCAUGGGGGCCUGAUAAUUUGAUCAGAUCUGAUGCUCUUGAAGUUCACUGGCUACUACUACUUGCUAGUACUGCGUACAGAGCAGGAAACC